AAAAAAAUCAACUUUAACAUUAGCUUGAGCGCGAGAGUUUCUUAAUUCCAGGAGACUCGACCUCUUAAACCAAUCAUAAAGCACGACCUUCUCCAAAUAUCAUCUGAUCGGGAUCGAGAUAUAGUGCUUUUAAAUCACGAUCGUAGUGGAGAAGAUGGAUGAUCGGAGCGAAGACCGUGAUAUAGAGGUUGAAGGAGGUAUUUACGCGUAUGACAGGAAGAUAUCUGGGAUUACUGAUGAUGGAUCUGUCGUAUACCAACCUCUGCUCGCAAGCAGGAAUCGAAAGAACACAACUUCGCAGAUCGCAAUUGUCGGAGCAAAUACUUGUCCGAUCGAAAGUCUUGAUUACGAGAUAUUUGAGAAUGAUCUUUUCAAGCAGGACUGGAGGUCUAGGAAGAAGAUUGAGAUACUUCAGUAUACAAUUCUCAAAUGGGCGCUUGCUUUCCUUAUCGGUUUAUCCACUGGACUCGUUGGCUUUUUGAACAACCUUGCUGUUGAGAAUAUUGCUGGAUUCAAACUCUUGCUCACCGGCAAUCUCAUGCUCAAGGAAAAAUAUUUUCAGGCAUUUUUUGCAUUUUCCGGCUGUAACUUGAUUCUGGCAACAGCUGCUGCUUCACUCUGUGCUUUCAUUGCUCCGGCAGCUGCAGGAUCCGGUAUACCUGAGGUUAAAGCCUAUCUCAAUGGUAUAGAUGCUUAUUCAAUAUUAGCUCCGAGCACACUCUUUGUCAAGAUCUUUGGUUCUAUAUUUGGAGUUGCUGCCGGAUUCGUAGUUGGAAAAGAAGGGCCUAUGGUGCAUACUGGUGCUUGCAUUGCUAAUUUACUUGGACAAGGUGGUUCUAAAAAGUAUCGGUUGACUUGGAAGUGGCUCAGAUUCUUCAAAAACGAUAGAGACAGAAGAGACCUGAUCACUUGCGGGGCUGCCGCUGGUGUGGCAGCUGCUUUCCGUGCUCCAGUUGGGGGAGUGCUUUUUGCUCUUGAAGAAGCUGCUUCAUGGUGGAGGAGUGCCCUUCUUUGGAGGACCUUCUUCACUACCGCAGUUGUAGCGGUGGUGUUACGAAGUUUGAUUGAGCUCUGUCGAUCUGGGAAAUGUGGACUGUUCGGGAAAGGAGGUCUCAUCAUGUUUGACGUAAACUCGGGACCAGUGCUUUAUAGCACUCCAGAUUUGCUAGCAGUAGUAUUCCUAGGAGUUCUUGGCGGUGUGCUUGGAAGCCUUUACAACUACCUUGUGGACAAAGUCCUCCGCACAUACGCUUUAAUAAACGAGAGAGGUCCGGGAUUUAAAGUUAUGCUUGUUAUGGCAGUUUCCAUUUUGACCUCGUGUUGCGCAUUUGGUCUCCCAUGGCUUUCACAUUGUACCCCAUGUCCUAUUGGAACAGAGGGCAAGUGCCCAAGCGUAGGUCGAUCCGGAAUCUAUAAGAGUUUCCAGUGUCCUCCAAACCACUACAAUGACCUUUCCUCCUUACUUCUCAACACCAAUGAUGAUGCAAUCCGCAGUCUUUUCACUUCCAGGUCUGAGAAUGAGUUCCAAAUCUCCACACUUGCCUUGUUUUUUGUCUUUAUCUACUGCCUUGGCAUCAUAACAUAUGGCAUAGCAAUACCCUCUGGGCUUUUUAUUCCCGUCAUUCUCGCUGGAGCCUCUUAUGGACGGCUAGUGGGUAGACUUCUGGGUCCAGUAUCUCAGCUUGAUGUAGGUCUGUUUGCUUUGCUUGGAGCUGCUUCUUUCCUUGGAGGCACAAUGAGAAUGACGGUCUCUCUAUGUGUCAUACUUCUCGAGCUUACAAAUAAUCUCCUUAUGCUGCCAUUGGUGAUGCUUGUACUCCUAAUCUCAAAAACUGUCGCCGACUGUUUCAACAAAGGGGUCUAUGACCAGAUUGUGACAAUGAAAGGACUGCCUUACAUGGAAGACCACGCAGAGCCAUACAUGCGCAAUUUGGUUGCAAAAGACGUAGUUUCUGGACCUUUGUUAUCCUUUUCAAGUGUCGAAAAGGUUGGGGUAAUAUGGCAGGCUUUAAAGAUGACAAGUCAUAAUGGUUUCCCUGUUAUUGAUGAGCCACCUUUCACAGAAGCUUCUGAGCUAUGUGGAAUCGCCUUGAGAUCCCAUCUCCUUACGCUUCUCCAAGGGAAGAGAUUCUCGAAACAGAGAACAGCAUUUGGUUCUCAGAUCCUGAGAAGUUGCAAAGCCCGUGACUUUGCGAAAGCGGGAUUAGGCAAAGGGCUCAAGAUUGAGGAUUUGGAUAUAAGUGAAGAGGAGAUGGAAAUGUAUGUUGAUCUCCAUCCAAUCACUAAUACAUCUCCUUACACUGUGCUUGAGAGUUUGUCUCUAGCUAAAGCGGCUAUUCUUUUCCGGCAACUUGGCCUUCGCCACUUGUGUGUCAUUCCCAAAACAGCAGGGAGACCGCCUAUUGUUGGGAUACUUACAAGGCAUGAUUUUAUGCCGGAACAUGUCCUGGGACUCUACCCUCACAUUGAUCCUCUCAAGUGAAUAUGGGGAUGAGGAAUGGAGAAACAAUUCCUUAAGAGUUCCUCAGUUUAUAAUCGAUAUAAUGAAUAUGCACAUCAAAAUCUAAACCCCAGAUGAGCUCUGCUUUGCUCUCAUGCCGGCAUUUAUAUUUAUUUAUUUCAAUUAUUUGUUGAAGAAUAUUGGGAAAGUAGGGGAAUGGAAUUGUGCAAUGAAGUGAAUUGGGUAAUACAAGGUUGGUUUGGCUUUCAA